UUUCUAUAGUAAGUUCCCGAUGUACGGAGAAUGGCCAUUUGCAACUUGUGUCCCAUUUAGUCUUUACCGUAAUAACUUAUACACAAUUUCACAUAAACUUUUAUUUCUCGUUGUUCUUACUUCAUUUUGGCUUUCUCUACAACUCCAGUUCGACCAUCAUCCCAUUUUACUCUUGGGGACAUUGAGGCUAAGCGACGCUUUGUAAUCAAUAAUCUUAUUUUCAGUUUAAGGAUAAAAAUGUCUUACAAUCGUGGAAUUAAACGUAAUUCCUCAGGGAAUCGUAAUUUUAACCGUAACGCUGGAGGAGUCGGCAUGGGGGUUGGCAGUACUCAGAGCCGUGGAUUAAAUCCUUGGGAGAGUGGUGUAAUGCCUGGUCGCGGGAUUUUACCUACGCCGAGUAACAACAAUCUCUCGUUGAAUUCACCGCAAGCUCAACUAGUCAUUGCAAGUAAUCUUCUUAGUAAUCUUCUGAGGACUCAACAAGAUACUCAGCCUCAAGUUCCAUCACUUCUGAGUUUAGGAACAGGUUUAAAUGGACCUAAUUCGAAUUUCCGUAGCCCACAGAGCUUUUCAAACAAUCGUUAUAGUGAUAGACAAGGACGAGGAAAUUUGAAAAGUCAACGUUCACAGCCAUACAGCAAUAAGAUGGGUAAUCGUGCUCGCGACGCUGUCGCUAAUCGACGUGGCCCAUCAUCCGCACAACAUUCUCGUGCGCAGUCCAAUCAACGUAUCAAUGGAAACCAAAGUCAACAUCGCAACGAUAAAUCUAAAGCUAAUUCUGAUUCGAAAAAAAAUCAGACUGUCAAAAAGGAACAGCAGGAUCCUAAGAGUGUUGAUAAUGAGAAAGCAGAUACCCAGCCUAGUGCGAAAAGUGAGGAAGAUGAGACUGUCAAAAUAAAAGAAGAAGAAGAAGCUGGCGAGAAAGAACAAACUGAAACAACUUCAAGUGAAGUUACUGAAAAUGAUGACAAAUCGAAAGAUGAAUCGGUUAAAAAACCAGAAAACGCUGCUAAAGGUUCACCAUCAAAGAAGACGGAAGAAUCAGCACCGACAGGAAAAAAAUCAGAGGCUAGACAUGCUGAAAGCCGAUAUGCAUCAGUGCCAAUCAGCCAAAUGUUUUGUCAUGUCUGCAAUAAACAUAUGUGGGAUGGAUUUUCAUUUGAAAAUCACCUUCGAGGUCGAGCUCAUCAACUUAUGAUGGAAAAACUUGAUGAAUCAUAUAAACUGAGAGUUGAUUUUAUGAGACAUGAAUUAAAAGUUUCCGAAGAACAACGGGAAUUAAGUUUACAUAAUUCAAAACGUCGUGGAAAGAAGGUUCCUGUAGACUUGAAUGUUCGAGAGUAUUGCACUAUGUGUGAUUUAAAUUUCUAUGGUACUCUUUCAACUCAUAGAAAAAGUGAAAAACAUCAACAAUUGAAGAUAUUUUUACAUCCUCGUUGUAUUGCUUGUGCUAAAGAGUUUCCAUCACGCAUAGAGUAUGAUGAACAUUGUUUGACACCAGGUCACAUGGCCAAUGCUGUUCAAAUUGAAGAACAGAAAAAAACAAAAAAAAAUAAACUGGCUAAAGGCGAGUCAGAAGUUCGUACAGGAGAUGAUGAAGAUAAAGAUUCUGGAUCUGAUCCUAAAGCCAACGAUAAUGAUGAUGAACUUCCAGAGAAUACUGAAUAUAUUACGGAUAUAAAAGAAGAUGUUGAUUUGACAAAAUAUAAAAUUCCUUCAUACAAACAUUGCCGUCAGAAUCAAUUAGAAAUGGGAGCUUCAAUGAUUAAACAAGUAGAAGGUUUUCAUUGUGAAAAAUGUAGGCGGUUUAUGCUAACUGAAGAAGAUAUGAAGUCUCAUUUGCGUACGGUGACUCAUUACCGAAACUUUGUUGCCGAAUUAAAAGCAUUAACUACUCCGGCAGCUGCUGAAUCUAAUGACGAAAAACCUGUGAUUCAGGAUGACGAAAACAAAGGUGACGAGUGUGAAAGAGAAAGUAAACGACUAAAGUUAGACGACACUCUUGAAUCAGAGAUUAAAUUUGAAGAUGAGCCGAUGAAGGAUGAAAAUAGUUCAAAAGUUUCUCCUGAAAAAACAAAAGAAAAAGAAGAAAACAAAGAGAAAAACGAUAGCGGUAAUGAGAAGUAUGAUCCUAUGGAAGCAGAUGCAGAAUCAGAGGAAGAAAGUAUUAAACCCCAAACUGAUGAAAAAGAAAAAGAAAAAGGAGAAGAAAAGAAAGCAGUAGAGAAUAAAAUACAAGAAGAGCAAAAAGAAAAAGAAAAAGAAAAAGAAAAAGAAAAAGAAAAGGAAAAGGAUAAGGAAGGAAAAGAAAAAGAAAAUGACAAGUCAAUGGAAGCGUGGGACGAUGGUGAUAAUGAAGCUGAAUUUGGAUUCGGAAAUUUACUUGGGGACGAUAAUGAAAAUCCAGAAGAGCAACCUACAGUUCAGCAAAAUACACCAGUUGAACAAAAGACGCCAUCUACACCAUCUACACCGCAGGUGCAGCCAAUGAAUAAACAAUUAUCGGUAACUCUCGCUGAAAGUCCUGCAAAACUAAAUAGUUCUAUAGAUAAAGGAUCAUCACCAAGAGGUCGGAACUACCGUGGAAGAGGUCAUCAACGUGCGCGACGAUCACGUCGUUAAUUUUUUUUCGAUUUAUUCUAUUAAUUUUUUCUAUGACUAUCGGUAAAUUAUAUAACUAAAAAACAAUGUUUUUUUAUUUAAAUAAUAAUCAGCUAUUCAAUUUUAUUAAGUAUUAAUAAUUAAUACUUAUAAAUUUUUUCACAUAAUAUAAUUGAGCGUAUAAAAUUAAAUCAUGUAUUGGAAAUACCUUUUGAAUUAACUAGCCUUUAAAGAAUUAUGUUUUUGUGUCAUUCCAAGAAAUAAUAAAAAUAAAUACUCUUAUUAUUUUAUUCUUA